AAAAAAAAAAAAGAUUCGCCACUCUUUGAUCAACCCAAUUGACGACCAUGGGGAGGAGCGGUUGGAGCAGAGGAAUCGGAAACGUGAGAUCAUUCAUCGGAAACUCGAUGGGAGGUCUCCGAGGCGGCCCCAAUAUAGCCUCUUGGAUCGUCGCCGGAACUCUCGCUUAUUUCCUUUGGGUGAAACCCUCUCAAGAUCUCAAAAGACAACAACAGGAACGGGCAGCUCUCGCAGCUUCGGAUCCUUACCGAUAUAUAGAGAAACGGAAACCGAUUCCUGAUCCCCAGGAUAAUGGAUUGAUAUACGGCAACAAGAAGAAAUCUGAUAGUAAAACAGAGGAAUAAUCAAUAAUGUGCUAUAUUACCAUUUUGUAAGUUUUAUUUUUCUUCUGUAUGUUUCAUAAAGCUAUGAGAAUUGUGAUAGGAUGUUGAUUAUGUAGUAUUAAGUAUAUGAUUGUAAUAAAUCUCAUGAUAACUAAUUCAGAAUUCGCUGUACUUUGGCUCUUUCA